UAAACGUGUUUUUUUAGGUCUAGGAGGAGUCAAAUUACGUCUAUCUUGUUACUAUGACAAUGUAGUUCGUGAUCGUGUUAAGGAAUCACGAUCGUGUAGUAAACAACGACUGUCGAUAUGUGAUUGGUUAAAAGAGACUGAGCUGGUUAGCACCUAGACAUUUAACACUUGUACUAAAUUGAGAGGAUAUUACGAAGUACAAUAAAGAAGGAAUUCAAGCUGAAAUUUCGUUUCGAAGAUCCUGUCUUCCUAAUGAGAUCAUUAAAAUGUAUUAAAAAAAGAGGGGGGUGAGGGGGUGAAACAUUGAACUGACAUGACUGAAGAGAUAUAUAAGAGGGUUAAGCUAAGAACUUGUGUCAUACAAUCUGGAGACAACAAUUUUUAUUAAGAAAAAGAUCUUGUAAUAAUGGUUAGAAUGAUGGGUUGGGAAGAUUCAAAAAUAGGGUUGAAGAAAGGUCCUUGGACUCCUGAAGAAGAUAAACUUCUUACUCAGUAUGUUAGCUUGCAUGGUGAAGGAAGAUGGAGUUCAGUAGCUAGAUCUGCAGGUUUGAAUAGGAGUGGGAAGAGUUGCAUGCUUAGGUGGGUGAAUUAUCUAAGGCCAGGUCUUAAAAGAGGUCAUAUAACACUUCAAGAGGAAGGGAUCAUUAUUGAAUUGCAUGCACUUUGGGGUAACAAAUGGUCUACAAUUGCAAGAUACCUUCCAGGGAGAACAGAUAAUGAGAUAAAGAACUAUUGGAGAACCCAUUUUAAGAAGGAAAAGUCCUCUCUGAAGCAACAACAAAGAAAAGCUCAGAUUCUAAAGCUAAAGCAACAACAGCAGCAAAAGGAAAAACCAGAUAAAAAAGAAGCUGGAGAUUAUGGAAAAGUAAACAGUGAAUCAAUCGAAACCACUGAUCAGAUACCAAAAGGGAAACAUGAGAUGGUAUUCAUGUACCCUACUUCAGAGGAUCAGUGCUUGUCUCAAGAGCCAGCUUCUUACGCUGCUGCAAAUGCAGCUUCUUGGAUGGAUCAGUACCUGGUGGAUGAAGGGUUAUGGGGUGGAUGGUGGAACCUAGAUGACGAUCAUCAGGCUGAUAACUGUUGCAACAAGAUUGACAUGCAUCACCAAGCAAAUACAGGUUGUUAUAAUUGCUUUGGAGGGAAUGCAAGCAAUGUGUACAAUGGAGGGUACAUUUUUUAAUCAUUUAAUUUUGGAACCUUGUUGACUUUUGGGCUGUAUUUUCCAGGAACUUCUCCAUUAGCUACUUGUUGGAAAGAUUAAUUAAUUACUA